AAUUUUACUGAAAAAAAUAUGAAAACAAAGCCGAAGGGAAAUGCAGAGGCUGUAGCCGGAAAAGCCUGAACCAGAGGAUCUAGGGUUUUCUUCGAUCUCUCUGUUUCUGUCUUGUUUAAGAGUUGCAUGCAAAUUUAGAUCGCCCUUCUGCAAAUUCCACUUUGAUUAAUUCGCGACACUUUUCGAUUUUGAAAUGAGGACUUUUACUUCUUUAAAAGUUUGAAAAUCGACUCCGGAUUCGAAGCAAUAGCACUAGGGUUUUCGUUCUGAUUAGAAUCAUAUUCCGUCUCUUAACCCUGUAAAUAUGAGAAGAUUGCACAAAGGGAAAAGGGUUUCAUGGGCUUCAGAUCUUAAUCUCCGGCAGGUUAGAUUGUUCUUGUCAGAAGAGUCUCCUUCCCAAGUGGGAUUGGGUGCUCAAGAUCACCUUCAAGCAAAGACGUCAUGGCUCUUGCAUUCUACCGGAUCGGGUUCUGAUGACAUUUUGCCUCCCGGAUUUGAAGUAGCUCAUCCUGAGAAUCAGUUGCAGAUUAAGCUCUCACAAAUUCCUGUAAAUCAAUGGAGAUGUCCACCUAAGUUUGUGCUGAAUUUGACGUGGCGAGUGGUUGUUGGUGAAGAAAGCCAAGAGAUUGAGGUUGAAAAUCAGAGAGAAAUGAGAGUACUCGAAGCGGUUUAUCCUCGGGCAUCUGCGAUACCUCCUAACCCUUCCAUAGCAGCUGAUUCAGAACGUACCGAUGUCGAUGACAGUCAGACACCUUUGAUUCCCAUUACUCCUGUUGAAGAUGAAGAUGCAACAACCGAAAUCUCAUCUGAUUAUGCAAGUCCUGGUGCUGUCCUUAUGAGUGCACAACAGUCCCUUUCUGUUCAUGCUGGUACGUAUACACCUCAACAUGUUUUUCCGAAUAUGUCUUCUACUUCUAGUGCGAGUUCCAUGGCUGGAAUGGAUCUGGGCAAUGAACCUGAUGUAGCUGCUGCUGCAUCAGCGGCACUCAGUGCACUUGUGAAGAGAAAUGAGAUGGGUAACACGAUUGACAGUGAAUUGCUUGUUAAGAUUCUUAACAAUCCAAAAAUGAUUGAGCAGCUGGUUGUGGAUUCUGGUACUGUCACUAGCUCUCAAAAGCCAAUAUCAUCUCCUGACCCGUCGCUUGUACAUAUGCAUAUGACCGAGACCAAUGCCACGGUUGCGCCUGCAUCGGGCGGUCCUUUUUUCGCUCAACCAAAUGGGGCAAGUGUAGGACCUGUCCCCAAUGCUCACCCUUCCUCAAGAGGUGUUCCAGUUUCUUCCCUGCCUUCCACUGGACCUCCAAUGAAGGACUUGAACUACUAUAAAAGUUUGAUUCAGCAACACGGAGGAGAGAGACAAGACGAUUUCCCUCGACAGCAAUUCGGGAACCGUCACAGCCAACCAUCAGGAACAAACCAGGAAUUCUUACAUAAUAACCAGCCAUCAAGAGAUGGGAAGUUCAGGAUAAUGAAGCCUUGCAUAUACUUCAACAGCUCAAGAGGAUGUCGACAUGGAGCCAAUUGUGCAUAUCAGCACGACCCCGCAUUUCAUCAGAGAAGUAGUAGCGCACCCGAAAUGCCUAGCGCCAAAAGAACAAAAGUCGAUCGAGAAAUCAGCAGUUAAAAGUAGAGUACCGUAAUGGAUCGAUAUGUAUUUCGUCUUGAGUUGGGAAUGCUUUAUGCCCAAGAUUUCAGCUCUUUUGGUUGGCAAUUUGUUCAAAUGUUUUCCUUUUUAGUUUUUUUUUUUUAUCUUUGCAUGCACAAAAUAACCAUUUGAUGAUUUGAAUGAGGCCAGAGCCUCUGCUGCCACCAUUAAUCAUUCAUUUCUAGCGUCAACCAGAAUAUUCUUUUGAUGAA